AUGGGGAAGAUAGAGAGCAAACAACCAGCCCCGGACAUUCCCAAGAAAAUCUCAACCUGGUGGGAGAGGCUACAGAAGAAGCCACCAGCUCCAACCAUGACCAUUCCAAACAUGAACUUUAACUUCCCAACCCUGUGGGGAAGGAGAGAGAGCAAGCUACCAGACCCAGACAUACCCAGUAUAUUCUCCACUCUGUGGAGAACCCCCAACAACCCCAACGAUUUUGUCCCUCUAUUCACCGACUGUGUGGGGAUAGCUGCAGCUAGGACCCAGGAGUACCUCCUGUUCCUGGACCCAGAGGACAAGUUCCAGCCUAGUCCGACAGCCCUCAAUGAUAUCUUUCUAAUGACCUACAUCACCCAGAGCAGCCACCUCCACAUGACCGACUCCUUCAACUGCACCACCAUGACCAAGCAGCAGCGCAUCCUCCUGGGUGCUGACUGGGUGUGGGCUGUGCUGGAGAGGCACACCAAGAACCCCCGCAUCCAGAUCGCCGUGCAGAUCCUGCACCUGCCAGAGAGGGGGGGAGGGCCAGCCGAGGACAUCCCCCCGGAGGUAUACACUGAAUCCAUGCAGAUGGCCAAGAUGGAGUCUGCUCAUAAGAACAAGGCAGAGAGGAUGGUGGAUUUCUGUGCCUCCAUCGGUAAGGACUGCUACGCCCUCUUUCUCCUCUUUGGCCGCAAGGGCGACCCGGGCAACAUCUACGGAGUGCUGAGCAACAACUUUCACGCUGCUAUAGGGAAGACUAAGAUCAACCAUGCACUCAUUGAGAAUUUCUUUAAAGGAUCCAGGUACUUACACACACCCACUGGAAUGCUACAGGCUAUUGUCACCAAGAGAGAUUCUGACCCUUUAACUUUGCUCAUCAAGUUUACCUGACCAGUGUGAUCGAUGACAGAGCAGCCAUAUGGGACCUUUCAGAUUACUCUGUUUACUGUAGUGUUUCACAUGGGAGGAUGGACUGUUGUGAUUGGUGGGUUUAUGCUUGCCUGGGACUUGGGGACCCAGUGUGCUGAAAUUGGCCUGUGUCCAUAUCUCGUUUGUGGAUUACUGACCCAUGCCUGCUGACAGCUGCUCACACCCCUGUGGUUAGUAUUUCUGUUAGAGCUCUAUUCAAUCAGAUCCGCUUUAGCUGACAUCCACAUAGCGGUUCUUUUGGCGCGUCGGAGAUUAAACUGCGUUAGAGCUGUCAAAUCCAAAAGUGGCUCCUGACAUUAUACCGAAAGCGAACAUUGCUAUUGGCUGCGCAGAGUCACAUUAACAGAAAUCCCAUGCAGCCUUGUUUACAAGUUGGAACACUGGAAUGUGAGAUGGAAUCUACAUCUCCAUUAAGAUGAUAGAAACCCUCAUUAUUUAGUUGAAUGACUUUCAAUUCGAGCGUCAUUAUUUCUAUAUGGCCUACACUUUCUCCUUCUGAACUUCUAACGAAAGUGGGAUGGGUGGGGCUUUGUGACAAAGAUCAAGAGCAGCUGCUCACCGAUUUGACAGCUCCAAUGCAGUUACACCUCCGACACAGCCAAAACAUCAGCUAUGCAGGUGUCGGUUAUUGCCAGUUAACGCAUGAUCUGAUUGAAUCUAGGCCUUAAUGGACUUAACACUUCACUGGCAUUGCACUUAUGUGGAAAUUCACACAAACGACCUGUCUGCUAUCACUACUCAUUGACGUUAAAACCUCUGUACAGCUUAUGUUGACAUGGAAACUAUGAUUUGCCACAAAAUAUUUUUAUAUUUUCAAGGAUGGACUUUAUGACUGAACACAUUGUGAUAGCUUCACCCAAAACCUAAUUCUAAGUUCAUUUGAUUAAGGUGGAUUGUUCUCUUAAAGUUGAGUCCAAGUAGAAAAUAACAGGAUGGGGAGUUCAAAAAUAAAUGAAUAUAUAUUUCUGGAUGUCUUGAGUUAUCUUGUUUAGAAGAGGAUUAUUUAUGUUGAGGAUUAUGCUCAGUGGUAAGUAGCAUAAUGUAAAUGAAGGGAUUUGUGUUUAAAUAUGCAGGUUUGCUUAGGCCUCAUGUUAUAUAUACACAGUGUGGUGCCGAGAAUAAUACUACUCUUUCUCCCCAAUACCACAAAGACAUCAGAUUAUGUGUAGAGAUGGAUUUAAUGAGUAAUGAGAUUCAACAAAACAUCAAAAUGCUUUAGAUACAGUACAAAACAUCCAAAAGCUUUAGAUACAGUACAAAACAUCCAAAAGCUUUAGAUACAGUACAAAACAUCCAAAAGCUUUAGAUACAGUACAAAACAUCCAAAAGCUUUAGAUACAGUACAAAACAUCCAAAAGCUUUAGAUACAGUACAAAACAUCCAAAAGCUUUAGAUGCAGUACAAAACAUCAAAAUGCUUUAGAUACAGUACAAAACAUCCAAAUGCUUUAGAUACAGUACAUAAUUAGAACAAUUAUUACUAAAACAGUUCAAACAUACUAAAAGCCAACUAACUUUUCACAGUAUCUCACACAAAAAAAGUUAUUUGAAUGUUCAACAUGCAAAUAUGACAUUUGUUAUUCAAAACGCUAGAGAAUAUCCUGUUGGUCUUGAAAUGUAGGCUGUUACAUUGUGUUCUACAUACAUAAUUCAAUAGAACAUAUUGUCUUAAAUAUCCUGGUGCGUUUUAAUGUAUCUAUGCCUAGUUGGAGGCCUGGGAGUUAUCAGUAUGUGUUCUCUGUCUUGUAGCCCAGAAUGGAGAGGUUGGGGCGGAUGCUGGGUCAUGGGGAGUGGGCCACACAUGACAAUGAGCACAUCGUUGGACACCAGGGGAAGGUGCUCUUUCAUCUCUUUCAUCAUAUCAGCGUUCACAAACCCUGAGCUGUACUUCCAGUCUGUAAUUAGAGGAAAACACAAGCUGAAUUCAACUGUUUUUAAUCAACAGAUAAGGAUCAGCCUUGCAGGCCAAUUAAAUGAUCACACCCUGUUAGCGAAGAUGUGUUUCAUUUAUGUGGAACUAACGGAUGAGUGCCAGGAUAGACAAUUAGCUGGAGCCUCAUUUGCAUACUGUACCAUAUGAGGAAGCUACAGUAUAGCUGACGGGUCACAUGGCAAAACAGAAUCUAAAUAGAACGUUUAGAUCAUAACGAUGUCGGGAUAUGAUUGGAGGGGGAAGGGUUUCCAUUCAUUCAGUUGACAUCAGUAACAGACCAAUUCAAAAGGGUUGCUGCAGGUGCACCUUUGGGGAUUUUUUGGUUAUUGUCUAGCAGUCAGUCAGUCAGUCCCUACCAAGGGUGUUAUAAUAUGGUAACACAGCAUGGUAAAAAUGUGUUUUUUUUGCAGUCCAACACAAAUGAUACAAUGGUAUUAGCCCAUGACAACCCUGUACCUUAAUAUUUUUUAUCAUGGAAUACUAUGGUCUUACCCUGUGGAGGUUUUGUCAAUAGUGAACCACAAAUUGAGUUGUUCAGAGUGACUCUUCAGCACCUUCUCUAGUUCCUCCCGCAAGUAGAAUAUCCUUAGUCUGGAGGCAGAGACUAUCAUUCGAAGAAGGUUUACAAUUGCUAGUGCUUCAACUAAUACAGUAUGUCAUUGAGUCUUUUUAAACCAUACUAAAGGUGAGACAUUGAUCUUGGUUGUCUAUCAUCAGAUCGUCUGUUGUACCUGUUGUAUUCGGCGCAUGUGACUAAUACAAUUUGAUUUGAUUUUGGAUUUGAUGAUUGUCAUUGAAGUUGUAUUCAUAACAAGCUCUGUGUCCACUUCAUUGAUAAUCCACAGUGACGGUUUAAUACUGUGUGGGAUGUGACUCUUACCUGUACGCUGGUGAGACUGACCUGGUUAUCAAAUAUGAGGGAGCACUUGGUGUCAUCUGCAGGGUCUGCUGUAAUACUGUGAAUCAGCUGCAGCAUGGAGGUAAUUUCUGAAAAAGCACCCAGACAUUUAAGCCAGUUUGCAGUUGAUGAUGAACUUUCCCCAACUUAUAAAUAGUCCUACAAGUAAGUGCCAACUGUAUUUUUUUAAAUUACAAUUCCAAUGAUGUCUGGACAGACUGGAGAGGUGGGUUGGCCUCCGGUCCAGUUCUAAAUUGGUAUAGGACCUAUUUAACCGGUCAAGAGUUUUUCCUCACCAUUGGUGAACAUAACUCAGAGAAAAUACAUGAAACAUGUGGCGUUCCACAAGGAUUGAUUUUGGGUCCUGUACUGUUCAGUUUAUAUACAGGGGUAUGUUAUCAGAAAGCACAACAUUGAUUUUCAUAUCACCAGAGGAUUUUAGCUCCACAGAUAAAUGAUUAGACUGUAUUACUGAUUUAAAUACUUGUAUGGCUCACAACUUCCUCCAGCUAAAUCAAGUCAAGACCGAGGUAAUUAUUGUUGGAUUCAAAACACAGAGAGAAAAUCUAGCUGUAGAUUUUAAUUCAUGGGAAAUAAAGACAAAGCACUUGUUAAAAAACCUUUGUGUUAUUUUAGAUUCUUAACUAAAUUUCGAAUCACACAUUAGGAAUGUGACCAUCUUUUUACCACCUGAGGAACAUUGCCAAGGUGUAGACGUUUCUCUCUCAGUCUGAUGCAGAGAGACUCAACCAUGCUUUUAUUACAAGCAGGCUUGACUACAGUAAUGCUCUCCUGUCUGGUCUACCCAUAAAGACAUUGGUCAACUGUAAAACAUACAGAAUGCUGCAGCACGUGUACUGACCAAGACCAGACGGAGAGCACAGAUCACACAGGUUUCAUGGUCUCUGAACUGGCUGCCUGUGAGUUUUACAAUUCAUUUUAAGAUUCUUCUAUUGUUUUGUUUUUUAUCAAUUCAUGUCAGACAUGCCUUUAAGUUAUGUACUAUACACAAUAGGUCCCUCAAGUCCUCUGGCACUGGCCUUUUAACUAUCCCAAUGCCUGGACCAAGAGGCAUGGAGAGGCAGCCUUUUAACUAUCCCAAAGCCUGGACCAAGAGGCAAGGAGAGGCAGCCUUUUAACUAUCCCAAAGCCUGGACCAAGAGGCAUGGAGAGGCAGCCUUUUAACUAUCCCAAAGCCUGGACCAAGAGGCAAGGAGAGGCAGCCUUUAGUUACUAUGCUCCCAGCCUCUGGAAUAGCCUGCCAGAGAACCUGAGGGUGGCCAAAACUGUAGACAUAUUUUAAAAAAAAAUUUUUUAGUUUUACUUUUCCUUAGGGUGCUUUUUAGAUGUUCAGUUUGUGUCAUUCCUUUAUUUUGUAUCUUAUGUUUGUUGUGUAGUAAAUAUUUCAGCUUUUAUUUUAAUUGUUUUUUAUUAGUUUUUUUUCCUGUAAAGCACAUUGUGUUGCAUUCCAUGUCUGAAAUGUGCUGUAUAAAUAAAGCUUGAUUUGAUUUGUUAGCAGGUGA